AUGUAUCAAUUUGCUUUCCUUCGCGAAAAAGAAAUCCCCACGGCGACAACGCCCAACGCCAAUUUUUUCGGCGUCGUGAGCAAGUGUAACAUUCCGAUCGACAUCUCGAGUGCAGCACAGCACAGUACACAGUCCGUACCGAGCAGUGGUCGGUCGCGCGUCGACAUCUGCACUCCGACACUGUCGCGUCGUCGCAAAGAGUUCCUCGUGCCCGUGAAGGUCGUGCUGGACGCCAAAUGUGCCGCCUCCUCUCCGCGCUUGCCGCCGAAGAACUCGCAACGCGCUCUCGCAUCUGCCGCCAAUAAUCAUCAUCAUAGUAAUAAUAAUAACAACAACACUUCCUCCACCACGACCACGAUGAUGACCACUACGACGCUCAUGAAGAAAACGGAGGUUGUGGAGGGGCAAACGUGUUUGAAUCCCGUGCGAUUGAAGCAUAACAACAACAACAGUGAGACGACGACGACAACGACGGCAGCAAACAACAACACUGCUGGUGCGUCUCGGAGACACAAUUGUAUCAGCAGCAGCAACAGUUCUGCUCCUGGUGGUGGUGGUGGUCGACGUCCGCCAAAGGAAACUCUCAUCCGAGUGAACCUAGAGGUCGUUCCUCCCGAGUCGGGUGACAAUAAGAGGAGCGUGGAAAAGGAUGUAGUCGAGUUGAGCAGCGAGAACUCCUCUGCCACGUACAACAAGAGGAUGAUGUCGUCGACUUCGUCGUCGUCUUCGUCUUUGUCUUUGUUGAGAGACUCGGGGCACAGUGGCGGCACCGGUGAUGGGCCGAUGCGAGAAACUCUCAUCAAGGUUGGCGUGGACUCACCGUCGACGUCUCGUCGAUCGUUGUGCAGACCACCACCACCGCCGCCUCCGUCUUCGUUUUCGGCUCGUCGACGCAGCGACUCGUUGUCGCGGCCGUCGGGAUUUGAGUCGGCAAACACGACGAUGAUGAUGAUGAGUCGAGGGACGUCGUCGUCGUCGUCUUCGUUGUUGACCAAGACAUCGCAGAAGAAGAAGAAGACUAACAAUAAUAAUCCUAGUAGCCCUACUACGAAUUCACCGAUUGACUCACGCAGCAGCAGCAGGUGGCUCGGCGUCGGUCGUCGGAGUGCUAGUCACGAACAAACCUGGAGGAGGACUCUGUCUGGCAGCUCACCGCACUUGGUGUCGGUGUCGUCGUUGCUGCAGAAAAAGCAGGAGCGGGAGGACGAGCAGCGAAGAAAAUUGACGCGUCUUCAGCAGCAGCAGCAGCUGCAGCAGCGUUCGUCUCCAUUUGUGGCCAAGGACGAAAAAGAAGAACAAGAAGACAACGACGACAACAACGUGGAUUACAUUGAAGAUGAUGAUUGUGGACAUCGAGAACUCAAGUAUGUCGGCAGGUGGAUCCCAAGGCCAACGUUGCGCCGCAAACCGUCGCCACCUUGUUCUCGUCCUCCUCCUGCACCUGCAUCAGGUACAAGUGCUGCUGGUGGUAGUGGAUGCCGCAGUGGCAGCAGCAGCAACACCACCAAUUUGUGGCGCAGCUUGGCCAACCAGUCGUCGCCCAACUGGUCCGACUCGUGGGACCGACUCGAGAUUGAAGAGACGAAGACGACGACGAGUGAAGGGAAACGAGAAGACGACGACGAAUGUGUUGGUGGUGGUGGUGGGAAGACAAACAACAGAGUUGAAGAUGAAGAGCAAAACGCGUCUCCGGGCAUGGAGCCCAAGUUUCCGUCCGCGUCGGUCAUGACGCGUGUGCAGAAGUUUGAGAAGCUCGUGUCGACGACGACGACGACGGCGACGGCGUCCCCCGGCUGGGUGCGGUAUCGCGACGCUGUGGGUGGCUUGAGAGGAGAAGCCACCACCACCAGCAUCGGCGGUGGUGGUGUUGGUGGUGGUGGUGGUCGUCGGAAGGAAACGUGGGCGUCGACGCCGUGUCUGUCUAGGCCGGAAAGGAACUCUAAUGUGUCGGAAGCGGGCAUGUUGUCGUCGUCGUCAUCGUCGUCGACGACGGCGACCUCGACGACGACGGAAUCGAGUGACAGCGGUGACGAAAAGUCGGACGCGUCGUCGUCGUACAAAAAUAUUUGCCAGAGCAACAACGAUCAAACUAUCGAGAAUGGAGGAGGAGAAGAAGAACAAGAACAAGCGCUAAAAGAAAGCGUCAAACCCGACGAGGUUCUCUCCACGAUCCCGAUGUUCUUCAGGGCAGGAGUGCUGUCCCAGUUGGAGAGCCUGAGAGACGAGCGGAUCCAGGGUCGAAUCGUGAUGUUGCAGGCGUAUUGCAGAGGAUGUUUGGCGAGGCGGAAAUUGGCGAAACGGCGGGUGGAGGAUGUGGCCAUCAGGUGCAUCCAGAGGAACGUGUCCAAGUACCUGGCGGUCAGGUCCUGGCCCUGGUGGCGCCUCUACACCAAAGUGGCCCCGUUGCUGAACGUGCAUCGAACCGAAGAAGAGCUCAAGUCCCGCACCGAAGAAGUGGAGACGUUGCGAGCAAAAGUGGAAAAGGCAGACAAAGAACGGGGCCUGCUGAAAUCGGCAAACGAUCGUCUCGAAGCUCGGGAUGGGCGGAAAAAAGUUUAUUUGGUUCGUCAUUUUGGCGCCGUUGCGUUUGCCGAAGUCGACGGAGAUGGUCUCGGGGAGUGUUUUUGCCAGUGCCGAGGUCGACGGUCAGUGUCGCACACGGUGUCACCGUCCUUUGGAACAGAAGAGGAGGAGGAAUUGAAUUACGGUUUCGAACAAGACCCUCCUUUAUUAUGCGUAGAGAAUAAUAUUAAUGGCCUCACAUAUGGCUCCAAUUUCCGAGGCCGGGGAGAUGACGUGGUCAGCUUGUGCCAAGUUAUGCGGGAUUCUUAG